AUGCAGGCAAGCGACGACGCAAUGGUGUCCCCCACACCAUCACCACCCGCCCAGACCCCUACCCCGACGCAGGGCUCUGCCCCGCGCCGGCCUCCGCGCAAAAGCACUCUCACCCAGCAGCAGCGAAACCAGAAGCGACAGAGAGCUACUCAGGACCAACUGGUGACGCUCGAGGUCGAGUUCAACAAGAACCCCACACCGACUGCUGCUACACGUGAAAGAAUCGCUUCCGAGAUCAACAUGACCGAGCGCUCAGUACAGAUCUGGUUCCAAAACAGGCGAGCUAAGAUCAAGAACAUUGCCAAGAAGAGCAUUGAGAACGGCGAUGACUGUAAUGACAUCCCUGAAUCAAUGCGCAGAUAUCUUGCGCUCCAAGCAAUGGAGUCUGGCAAGUCAAUUGGCACAAACUUCCUUGGCCGUGCUGGCGGCAUGCCAUACGGCAGCGGUAUGCUUCUCAACACCGACGCCAACAACUCCAAGGUUGUCAUCCAUCACUUUGCAUGCCGCUCGCUGAGCAUUGGCAGCUGGAGGAGAGUCGGACAAAGCGCCAUGGAUUUGGUCGUCUUUUACUCACCCGAAAAGUGCUGCAUCACGUACUACAUCAACAACGAUUCAGCUGGCUACAAAAUCGAGUACCCAUUCUCUUACAUCAAGAACAUUCAGCUAGAGAAUGGCGACAUGACUGCAAACGCCGAGGGCGCAUCGCAACGCCCAGGGGGUCUCAUUGUGGAGCUCAACCGCCCACCAAACUUCUUCAUGGACUCUUCUGGCUCGGGUGGAUUUUUCCAAUGUGGCGACUUCACCGAGGACCAGCAGGCAUCCAACAUCAUGGUGCACCACUUGGGUGGACACCCGAAGGUUCUGAGUGGCCAACUUGCGAAACUUGUCUCACUGGAAUCGUUUCAGAAUCGACACAACAUGUACGACCCCAACAGCUUUGCCGUCUCGGCACCAGUCUCGCCAAUCAACCACCGUCCCGCGUCCCAGCCCAACCACCUUGUACAUCCUCACAUGGCUGUGUUCCAAGAAUCCCAUCUGGCGCCUCAACCCUUCCAACCGCGCGGCCACAAGCGUCAGCGAAGUCGGUCAGUACCUGUCGCGAUGGACUUUUCAAUGCUUCGCAACCCGAUGCCCUCUUUCCUGAUUCAGGAACAACAGCCAUCACCAUACAUGCCUAACCCAGAGAUCUUUGCGCCGCAACCGCACAGUGCAGGCCCCAUCGGUCCUCACUUGAGCAUUGACACAUCUGCGGGAUACGGCAUGGACUACAGACAAUACCCCAUGUCUGCUACCACAGCCAACUCACCUUCCGAGUACGGCACACCCGCCUUCUUCACAUCGGGUCCAUCAAAUGACAACAUCCCGGCGUCGAACUAUGGCCAAUACAACAUUCCUCCAUACGUACACACGCCAAUGGGCCCACCUCCUCACUCGGGAUCAGGUCACUCGCCCAUGCCAGCCAUGAGCCAUCCUGACCCGAUCAUCGCAAACCAGUCCCCACCAUUGGGUUCCUUUGGCCGUGACAACCACGGCGACUUCCAUCAGAUGUCGCACGACAACGGCAUGUCAGACGAGGCGCUACAGAUGACAGACAUGUACGCUAAGCAAAGUCUAAACAUGCCGUUUCGGUCACCAAUGAUGGACGAGCAUUCCGAUGAUUUGGACAUGCAGAACCUCGUGUCGUUUGGCACGAUAGACCCUUCCAGCCUGUCGCCUGAGCAUCAUCAGAUGUAA